AUGCUGCGUCAAACUGCCAGGCCUCUUCUCCGCGCGAGCCAGCCACGCCUCAAUCGCUUGUUCUCCGUUGCCGCCGCAAGAAUGGGUGAAGGUGAUGUUGGUGCUCCCAAGUCCACCGGGAAAUUGUCCACUACCAAUUCAUGGAGCAAGAAGGAAGCUGCCGAUGAAGCCAUGUAUAUCAAGCAACGGGAGCUGGAAAAGUUGCGUACUUUGAGAGAAAAGCUGAAACAACAGCGCCAGCAUCUCGAUGAACUUGAUGCUCAUAUUGAACAACUCACCAGAGAACACGGUGGCGAACAGAACUAA